AAGGAUUAAGGUGGAGCGAGCUGAUGGCAGGAGUCAGAUAAAAAGGUGUUUGUCUCUCUGGAGGAGCGACUAUAUGUGACCAUGCAGACCGACUCCAGGCUGCUCAGCGGGGCGCUGCUCUGCACGCUGCUGCUGCUGCUCUCCACAUCCUCCAGAGUCUCCGGAGACCAGGACCUGGACCCGGAGUCCGACGAGGAGCUGAGUCCCAGAGCCUUGAGGGACUUCUACCCGAAAGGUCCGAACCUGACCAGCGAGAAGCAGCUGCUCGGAGCUCUCCAAGACGUUCUGGAAAAGCUGCAAGCUAAACGACUGCCUUCAUGGGAAAAGAAAUUUGGCCAAGUCCCAACGUGUGAUGUUGGUGAGCAGUGCGCAGUGAGGAAAGGAGCUCGGAUUGGGAAGAUGUGCGACUGUCCUCGGGGAGCUUUCUGCAACUUUUUCCUGCUGAAGUGCUUAUGAGCCUCCACGGACCUGAAUGUAGCAUCGAGAUGAGGAGGAAGGAAACAUAAAAACAAAAAAAAACUGUCACUCGAUUCCUUUGUAAUUACUGUCAUAUUUUUUUAUGAUACAGCUGAGGAGCAGGUGGGGUGACUGCAAGUUAAAAGAAUGAUAACUAGAGGGAUGUUAUGGUGAUGGACAGGAGAUGAGAACAUUAUAAAGACCCAUAUACAGUUAAAUAUCCAGAACCACUUUAAUGUCUGUAGGAAACCACAGGAUCGUUGUUGUGAUGAUGAUGUAGUAGGAGCUUCUUAUUAAUUCACCCACAAUUAAUGCACAAUAAACUGUGAGGACCACAUGCACACUGUAAAGUCUUAACAGCAAUAUUAUGGGAUUUAUUAUAGUGAUUCUGUCUUUUGAACUUGAACUAUUUUGUUUCAGAUGAAUGUUUGUGUAUGAAAUCAUGAUAAUAAUAAUAAUAAUAAACAUCAUUAUUGUUUUGUAAAGCA